AGAGGAUCCUAGUGAUGAGGAAACUGGUUUUCUCUUUGUUUGUGGUUUACGCUUCGAUAAUUAGUGGACUAUUCUACGCUCUCUUUACCGAUUAUUGGAUAGAUGAAACAGGCUACAACUUUGGAGUCUUCAAGUAUUGUGCCAACAAUGUCACAGAAUGUCAAAGUGUUACAAAUGAGCUACACACUGGACAAGAUUAUCUACUCGUCACUCGUUAUACCUUGAUCAGCGCUUGUGUCUUUGGUUCUCUAUGUUUAUUAUGCUGUGUGUUUUCCAUGUGUGAAUCGUGUCGGCCAUGUUGUAAAAAAGCAAAGAUGUUUGCGAGAACAAAUGUGAUUUCAACGUUCAUCUUGAUUGUACUGGAAACAUGCACAGUUGUGUCGUUUAUGCUUGCUUUGGCGAAAUUGCCCACGUCAGGGUCUCUAACAAAGGGCUGGUCGUUCUAUGUGGAAGUGCUGUCAUCGAUUUUUACAGCUUUCGUUUUUUUCAUCCUCAUCUUCAGCAUAUUAUUUUGCAACAAAAAAUACUGUCUGGAUCAUACAGCAUUUGUGUCUCGUUCCUCUAACGAAAAGUUACACUUUACAAAGCCCCCUAGGAGUGUGAAUGUGGACGUUGGGAAAUCAGUGUCGGUGACUGCAGAAGUAUUAAACGCCGACAACGUUUACUGGUGCAAAGGAAGAGAUCACGUGAUCAAGUAUUCCACUUCUUUCACCGAACACUUUGAAUCCCCGAAAGCUGAAUUAAAAAUACAAAAUACAAGACUUCAAGACGAAGGCGAAUAUACCUGUGUUGCGGAAAAAUAUGGGAAAAACAAAGCCAAACGAAAACAUAAAUUCUCCAUUUAUGUCUUUCAUGUUCAGCCGGUAUUUACAAAAAAGCCGGAGAAUGUCACUGUACAUGUUGGUAGUGUGCUAAACUUGGAGGCCAAAGUAAAUAAUGCAGAAUCUGUUACAUGGACGCAUAACGGAAAAGAACUUAUCAAUUCUUCAAAAGAAAACAUAGAACUGAAUUUUCUGCACGGUGAAGCCUCUUUAAGAAUCGGAAAAGUGACAACGGAUCAUGACGGGGAUUACAAAUGUACUGCUAGAUCGGGAAAUGACCCACAGAAAGCGAAGAAGGAUUUUGCACAUUGCAAUGUUAGGGUCGUAAAUGCUGAACUGCCAUCAUUUGAAAAUGCACCAGGAUCUAAGAAUAUAAAGGAGGGCGACAUUCUAGAAAUAGAAUUAAAAGUUUGUGGAUUUCCUUUACCAGAAAAAGUUUCUUGGUUCAAAGGAAACGACAGGCUAGAGAUGAACAAACGAAUAACAAUGCACUAUAUUGAAGGAAAAUCAAAACUAGCCAUACAAGAUACAAGGGAGGCCGACUCGGGUUUAUAUGAAUGCUACACCGAAAACAUACAUGGAAAUAACGUAUGUCGGAUACCUGUUAAGGUUACGAAGGAUGGGCAGUCGCAAGAGAGGAUCGAAUGUCCCAUCUGCAUGGACCGUCGUCCAGACAAAGUCUUACAGUGUGGUCACGUCUUCUGCUCGGAGUGUUCGGGAAGAUUUACCGAGUGUCCCAAUUGCAGGGCUCCUGUUCAAAUUUUAACCAGUCUAUUUCUUUAGUGUAUUUCAAUAUUCUUCUCAGAAGCAGGUUUA